CCUACUGCAUGCAUGUCUGUGUGACAGCUUGUUUCUAUUCAUUUGCACAAGGGUGUAUUACGUUUAAGGGUUUGUUGUUCGUGCAGUUGAAAUGACGAUAGGUGUUUUUUUCUUUUUUGCUAGCAUCGAAAUUAAUGAUUAGGCUAUAUGAAGAUGACCGGCUUCCUUCUAAGGUGCGUAGUUUUUUAUGCACUACAAUUACACUUUAUUUGCAGGACAUCCUUCUUAAAAUCAAUAAAAUUAAAAUUAGUAAUUGCUUUUAUCCAAAGCGACGUAUGACUGAGAAAUCGAGCGUCAGCCAGUCAAACUCCGCCGUGCGCCGCGUCCCAAAAACUGCGUGACGGAGAUGCACUUGGAAAGGGCCAUUAAAUAAGAGCUUGGGGAUAAAGAAAGUAACGUAGGACUAAGAGGGUUAUCGCUAUUAGUACUUUUGUACAAGGCGGUGUGCCACAAUAAUGGCAUGAAGGGCAGGAACAGAGUCGGCGACGGCGGCGGCGGCGGGAGGUCCGGUCAGCGCUGCGUGGAUGGGCUCCCUGCCGCCUGGGCUUAGCGCCAUAUGCCCCUGAAGCAUCUAGCGAUACCAGGGUCACAUGACUCGUUCACUUUCUGAGUGGAUGAAAACGCACCAGUGGGUCCAGACCAGAGGGCUGUGGUCAAACAUCUAGUUUUUGCGUUCCGCCCCCUGGCAAAGAAGGUGAUGAAGAAGUGGUCCAUGACUCAGAACCUGAGCUUCCUCAAGCAGCUAGAGGCAGGCAUCUGCUACUUCAACCUGCGUGUGUCGUCCAAACCGGACGAGCCAGGCUACGAGGUCUACUUCAUCCACGCCCUCUUUGGGCACCGGGUGCAGGACGGCCUCAGUGACAUCGAGCGCUUACUUGGCGAGCACCCAAAGGAGGUGGUCUUGCUGGACUUCAACCAUCACUAUGCCAUGAGCGAAGAACACCACCGCCACCUUCUGGCCACACUGUAUGAGGUUUUUGGCCGCAAGCUCUGCAAGGUCAGUGCGGUGGAGGAGAUAACACUGGACUACCUGUGGGAGAACGACUAUCAGAUGUAUAUACGAAAGUAUUUUGAAAGAUUGAGGGAGAAGCAGGAGAGCGGCAGGGGAGCUGAUGCUGAGGGAGCGUGCAUGAUUAAGACUGGUGGAGCUUUACAGGUGCUUGUUUUCUACCACCACCCUUCUGCAGAGACAUGCACCCUCCUCUGGCCGGGCAGCAAGAUCCCAGCCCCCUGGGCCAACACCACAGACCCCCACAAACUGCUCCAGUUCCUGGAGAGCACACGGGCUGAGCGUGUCCAUUGUGGUUCUUUCCAUGUGUCCCAGGCCGUCCUCACCCCCAGGGUGAGGACCGUCAUCGGGGGACUCCUCAGGGGGCUCCGCAAGCACCUGGUGGAGAGGAAUCUGCCCACCAUCAUGACCUGGGUGAAGGCCCAGAAGCCAGGGCGGCAAGGAGUCAACAUCAUCACCUUAGAUUUUGUGGACCUGGUGGACUUUGCCAGUUCCGUCAUCAAGCUUAACGACCAUCUGCUUCCUGACCAAGCAGUCACAUGACUGCAGGCAUGACACACUCAGAAAGCAACUACCUUAUAGUUGUGUAUAAAUAACUUACAAACAACGAUAAAACUCAAAGUACAACGUACCACUUUUGCCUGCUUGUGAGCUAAGAGGGAAGUUUGAAGCUGAAAAUCCUUACGAAAUGCUUCCUUUAACUCCUUGUGCAGUUCAAAAACUCCAGACUUAUGUCCACUUAUUACUCUCCAGCCGGCAUACAGGAAAUGACGUGUAAUGACCGCAGUUAAAAUAUAGACAAAAUACUUAAAGGAAACAACCCUUAAUCAAAUAAAAUUCCUUUUCCAUUCUGAAA